AGGCGGGCAGGUACCAACAGCAGCGAGCGGAUACACCUGUACUGCAGCUACCUGAGGCCAACAUGUCCGGCUUCGACAACAACCCUUUCGUCCAUCCAGUCGAUGUCAACCCUUUCCAGGAUCCAUCAGUGACUCAGGUGACCAACACGGGCACAGAGGGACUAGAGGAGUUCAACCCAUUCUCAGCCAGGGCUUUGGAUGAUCUCAGUGGAAGCACCAUACCUGUCUCAGCUGCCUCUCAGCCUGCUGUGCUGCAGCCCACAGUGGAGCCCAGUCCUCGGGCGACCGCGGCCGCUGCCCAGGCCGAGCUCCUGAAGCAGCAGGCUGAGCUGGAGAGAAAAGCAGCCGAACUUCAGCGAAAAGAGGAGGAGCUUCAGAGCAGAGACACAGCCAGGGGCAAAGAAAACAACUGGCCUCCACUGCCCAAGUUUUUUCCAAUAAAGCCGUGCUUCUACCAGGACUUCAAUGAGGAAAUUCCUAUGGAAUAUCAUAGAGUCUGCAAGAUGAUGUACUACCUCUGGAUGUAUCACUGUGUGACCUUGUUUCUAAACCUGCUGGCUUGUCUGGCCUACUUCACCGUGAAGGCUGAGAACGGGGUUGACUUCGGCCUCUCCAUCCUCUGGUUUCUUCUCUUCAGCCCUGGAGCUUUCGUCUGCUGGUACAGGCCCGUCUACAAGGCCUUCAAGUCCGACAGCUCCUUCAGUUUCUUUUUCUUCUUCUUCAUCUUCUCCUUCCAAGUGAUCGUGUACAUCAUUCAGAGUGUUGGAAUCCCCAAGUGGGGAAACAGCGGUUGGAUCUCUGCCAUCUCUAUGAUCGGAACCAAUCUUGCAGUUGCUGUCUUCAUGUUGGUUGUAGCUGGAUUCUUCACAGUUAAUGCAGUGCUGGCAGUUGUCUUACUGAAAAUGGUCCACUCUAAGUACAGGCGGACAGGCGCUAGCUUCCAGAAGGCCCAGCAGGAGUUCUCUCAGGGCGUCGUCACCAACAGAACCUUCCAGACUGCUGCGGCCACUGCGGCCUCUUCCGCUGUUCAGGGAGCCUUUCAGUAACACCCGAGCUGACUAAGUCUGUUCUGUGCCUUGGGAGGAGUUUCACAAAGCAGGAUUUUUAGUAAUGCUGGAUAACUUAAGGCAAACGUUGGACAGACUUGACUUUGGGCUUAAAGGAAUACUCCAGAGCUUUCCAAACCUAACCUCUCUCUGCCUCAUCUGUAGCGUACAGCUGAUUACCAUGGAGGAUAACUUCAGUGUCUUAAUGUGCUUUGUAAAAAAAAUUGAGAAAAGCUGUUGACUUGAGAUACACUUACAAAGCCAAUGGGCAGGUACUGAAGGCUGAAAACAUCAAAAAUGCUGGAGUAUUCCUUUAGUAAUCCAUGGUUUUUGUUGUUUUUUUGUUUUUUUUUCUCAAAAAUUCUGCAUAGUUCAAUCACUGAGAUGUAAGCAGUCAUUCAGAGUGGUUUGGUGUGAGAUUGAAUUGUAGAGAAACCUACCCACUCACAUAUCUUUACAGUGGUGGUGAUAGAAGCCAGGGGUUGUGAUGUCUACUAUCCAAAACCACCUGUGAACCUACACGUCACGUGUCUUCUGUGUUGUUAUAUGUAAUGUUGAUAACGGUAAAAUAGUGGAAAAUAAGCUUUCUGUGGGAACAGCUUUGCCUUAUAACACCUACAUUUAGACCAGAAGCAUCUCACAACUGUUGGAAAACAAUGUCUCAAGCUUUGUACCUAAUAACUUUGUGAGGGAGCAUUUAAAGGCAUGAAACUCUUCAGACGUCUGGUUCCCAUCACCACCACUGUAAACAAUUCCGACUUGGUAAGUUUCUCUAGAACGGCACAUUUCACAGCUGCUCUGAGUUACUUUGUUUAAUUUCCCUUUAAGCUACCUGGCUAACUGAGAAAUCCUGCUAUGAGAAAUAUCCCAGUGUCCUACACUAAUCCUCCAGUCAACACCGCUCUGCCUCAGUCUUUACUGUCUGUCUAGGAGGAUUGUGUCUGCUUCGAUUACUGAUGGAAUGCACUCAUAAGGUUACUGAAGGAACAUUGUAUAGGUGUACAUUAGAGGUCAAUACCGAGGGGGGGAAAUAAUACAAGUAGGAUUUUUCAUAGUGUAAAUAAAGACUUUUCUUAUUUUUAACUUUUUGAAGUUAUUUAAAAUCAGUUUUCUCACAGUUAAAUGAAAUUCUCCAAGUAGUCCCACUGGCUUAGGAGGCCAAGUGCCACACCAGUAACACAUAACAUGAUGAAGUGCUUCAUUAUAUUGUCACUGUCAUAUCAAAGUCUAAUCUUGCAACUCUGCCCUUUAUAUUGUGUGACCAAGUGUGAAUGUACUAGGAAUAAAAUCUCUUACAUUAAUAUAUUAAAGUGAAGAUUUAAUAUUCUAAUAUACCAUCUUUUCCUUACCAAGUUACCACUUCGGAGAUGCAAGUUUUUGUUAUGACAGUGCUGUGAUUCUCCUCCAUGCAGAAGGAGGAGUGGCAGCACAGCCAGCUGCAUCCUCGGUUAUGGAUGGCACAUGGCACAGCUGGGACCCGAACCUCAAUCCCAUACAUACACAGCACCUCUGCACUGCAGAGUGAUGCUUUUCUUCAAAGUACUAUUAAGAUUAUAAAUGAGUAAUUGGUAAUAGCAACAUUGUAAGAACAUUAUUUUCUUAUUUGAUUUAAGGUCAUUUUAAGGUGUUUCUAUAAUCAUGGGCACUUUCUGACAGUCAGCAAAAUCAGAAAUGCAUCAGACAGACCGAUGCUGUCUACUGUAGGAUCUUAAAUGGAUAAAAAAGUCACCAUUAUAAUCGUUGUAAUCAUAAACCAUUAUCAUUUACCAUUGUAAUCAUAAACUCGCUCCUAAAUGUUAUAUUUUGAGUUAUUAGGGAACCCUAAAAUUAUUUAAUAUUAUUAAAGCCGUAGUUUUCCUUCCGUGCUGUGUAUUUUGAGUGAAAUACGCUACAAGGGAAGGUUUCUGAGCCAGCUGAUAGUUUCCUCUCGAUGAUAGGUCGGGGUGGAGAGAUGAUAUUAUUGGUCAAUUUUAUUUUUCCCCGCCCACUGGUGCACAGUGAUGUAAUCAAAAGCUAAGGCAUUUUAGAGGCAGUGAAGUCACUACAUUUUGAACAUUACAGGAAAGCAAUAAUUUUCUCUGUUGAAUGAUGUGAUGAGUCAUGCUUAAUAUGACCGGAGACAUGAACUACUAAUGUAAAAAAAAAUCAGGUUGACUUAAAAAUCAUCAAAAUGUUCAGUUGGGACAUGUGGCAUCUGAAAAAGCAGAGUUUAUGAACAGAGAAAUUGUUCAUUUAUGUGGCAGAAAAGUGCCCAUAGUUACAGAACAUCUUUGAAUGCUGAAUCAGUGAAUUGCUGUGUUAGUAUGUGCUGCUACAUGACUGUGCAGAUAAAAUACAUCAAGCACAUAUUACUUCUUGUCUUUGUAUCGUAAAUAAUAUGUUUAUGGCACAUUUUAAACAAGGAAUGUAGAAAACAAGUGAUGCUGCUUCUGUGAAAAAUAUCAGAAAAAGUUUUUUUUUUAUUUAUUUCCUCAUGUAUCAGCAGAAACUCUGUACAAUAUCCUGAAAAUCUUGAUAUAUUGAGAUUGAAGUUGGAGAGUCAGUUGACUCCAUCAGAUUCUGCUGCAUUAGUUUUAGUUUACCCCCCCAGUAAGUCUGUUAGAAUGUAAACGUAUUGUUUGAAGUUUUACUUUGCAUUGAGCCAUCUCUGACUGUUUUGUGGUGUUGUCAGUGUGUUACACUAUAGUGUGUGUGUGUGUGUGUGUGUGUGUG